UUUAGGCAGACCGACGACGACGAGUCCUGAAUACCUAACAUUUUUUUUGUAAAAGUUAUUUUGUGGAAGUUAUCAAACAGGAUUUGCUUUACUUUGAUGAAAAAGGACGCACAAUUUGAAUUUUUCAGUUCUAAGACGUACAGGGCCAGUUCUUCGACAAUGUGUCGCUUCCCCAAUGUCCACAUUAGCAGAACCAGCCGCAAGUCCAAAUGCAGAUUUCAGGACGUUAGAAAAUAAUCCUAUAAAUCAUAAUAGAUCACAUUGUGGACACUUUUACACUAUGCAACCGAGUUUACAUAAACAAUUAUUUAAUACAGGAGGAUUUCCUAAAUCAUUUCAAAAACAGGUGAAAACUUUCAACGAAGCUUGUCUGAUGGUUAGAGAGCCUACAAUCGAAAUAAUGGAAUAUAUGGAGAAAAUGAAUUAUAGUAAACCUGCAUUGAGAUUUGUAAUGUAUGGAAAAUUAGGUUGUGGAAAAUCCCUGGCAUUGGCUCACCUCAUACAUUAUGCUUACGAAAAGAAAUUCAUCAUUGUACAUGUUCCAUGGGUGCCUAAUUGGUUUAUACGUCCCAAAGAAUACAACAACUCAACUAUACACGAAGGAUUUAUGGAUCUUCCCAUAGACGCAGCAGCUUGGCUUUUCCAUUUUCAGACACAAAAUAGUACUUUGCUAAAAGAAUUAGAUCUUAAGACUUCCAAAGAUUACGUCUGGAGCAAACGUGAAGUGACUCCAAAGGAUUCUCCAUUGAUGGCAAUUGUCGAACAUGGUAUUAAUAGAGUUAAAUAUGCCAGUGAAUGUAUAUCGGUGCUGUUUAAGGAAUUAAAACAACAGUCGACUGAAGGAAGGUGCAAAACCUUUGUGGCAAUCGACGGCUACAAUGCACUUUGGCACACACAUUCAAUAAUAAAAGGCGACAAUAAACAAUUUGUACCGCCGGCAAAAGUUACAAUAACCACACCAUUCUUAGACAUCACCAACUUCGAUUGGUGUAAUGGUUUAUCCGUAGUAAUCGUCGACCAGCACGCGGUACCCAAAGAAAGCCAAGAAUCACAUUUACCUAGAUAUCUUUUGGGUAAAGAAGGUUUUGAACAUCUAGACCCUUUUAUACCGGUGGAAAUAAAGGGUUAUAAUGAUAAAGAAUUUGCAAGUGUUAUGCAAUACUAUAGGGACAGACUGUGGUUGCAGACGCAAGAUUCGCAGGCCGAAAAAGAACUGCAUUUUAUGAGCGGUUGUAAUCCUUAUAGAUUGAUGGAGAUGUGUGGGCCAUUGUAGAUUUAUUUUGUAAUUAAGUAUAUGAUAUAAUAUGUUAGUAUUGAGAAUGAAAUUGUUUGAAAAACAUGGAGCCCUAAAUUUCCACCUUCCUAUCACAAAUCCCUGUUCCGUGAGGUCGUACUAAUCUAAUGUAGGUGCAAAAGGUAUAACAUUAUAUAACAAUAAAAUUAUUAGCUUUCAG